GUUGUGGUGAGGGCGAUGAGGCCAGAGAGCCGAGGGAAACAGAGAAGGAAGAAAUGGAGGUAAUGAGGAUAGAGGAGAGGGCUGUCAAAAAGAGCAGGAGUUCCUCGUCACUGCCAGCCGCCGAGCUUGAUGAAGACAGUUCUGGAGCUCAACCCCACUGGUUCCACACACUGCAGAUGCGACGACUUCGAGUGCAGCGAGAGCGCAGCAACAGUGACCCGUGGAGCAGCAACAGCUGCCAGAAUCCCUUCAUCUGGAAACCAGGGCUUCAGUUCGGAACCGCCAACUCGUAUGUGAGUCUGGAGAAACUUGGUGAAGGCUCGUACGCGUCUGUUUUUAAAGGAAUCAGCAGGAUUAAUGGGCAGCUGGUGGCGCUGAAAGUGAUUGAGACAAAGACAGAGGAGGGUGUGCCUUUCACUGCCAUCAGAGAAGCCUCUCUGCUUAAAGGCCUGAAACACGCCAACAUCGUCCUCCUUCAUGACAUCAUCCACGCCAGAGACUCGCUCACCUUUGUCUUCGAAUACGUGCAGACAGACUUGGCUCAGUACAUGAACCAGCAUCCAGGAGGUCUGCACUCUCACAACGUGCGGAUAUUCAUGUUCCAGCUGCUACGGGGCCUCGCCUUCAUCCACAGUCGACGGAUCCUCCACCGCGACCUGAAGCCUCAGAACCUGCUCAUCAGCUACUUGGGAGAACUCAAACUGGCUGAUUUUGGUUUGGCCCGGUCCAAGUCGGUGCCCUGUCAGAGUUUCUCCUCAGAAGUGGUCACGCUGUGGUACCGGCCCCCUGAUGUCCUGCUAGGCUCUAUAGAUUAUUCCACAGCUUUGGAUAUCUGGGGAGCUGGUUGCAUCUUUGUAGAGAUGCUGCAGGGGGCACCGGCAUUCCCUGGAGUCACUGAUGUGUUUGACCAGCUUCAGAAAAUAUGGACGGUCCUCGGCAUCCCAUCGGAGGACAACUGGCCUGGAGUGACUCGACUGCCCAAUUAUCAAGCAGACUGCUCUCUUCCCCCCAAGUUAAAGCCAAUUCACUGUGUAUGGAAACGGUUAAACCAACUACCGUACAAAACUGAAGACCUUGUUCAGAAGAUGCUGAUGUUGGCGCCUGCAGACCGCAUCUCGGCGCCAGAUGCCCUGCAUCACUCCUAUUUUAGCACGCUGCCGGAGGCCGUCAUGCACCUGAGGGACACCGUGUCCAUCUUCAAGGUGCCUGGCAUUUACCUGGAGACGGAGGUUCGUGACACUUUGAACCCCAGCAGGCGAGUCAGACCUUCACUGCUGCUUGCCGCCAAGUUCUGGUGACAUCAUCAAUACAAGUAAUCAAGUGUCAACAGUUCAACUUGUGCUAUGAGUCCAAGAUGUGUUGGAGUGGAGGAGCUGACUUGUAUAUUUCAUUCAUUACUUGCUCCUACAGCAUCAGUUAUCAUCUCUUAUCAGCUACAGAGUCUUCAAAUGUCCGCCGAGAGUUAUCAUGAAUAAUUAAUCGUCUCAUUCCUUCGCAAAAAAGUCCUUGUUAGCAGGGGCGGAUUAAGAAAUUUUGGCCCCCUGGGCCUGACAUGGUCUUGGCCCCUCAACCCCCGCGCGUGCACGCGCACACACACGCACGCACUAUGCAAGAAAUACUGUAUACUGUGAACAGACAUGCACACUGUACUGUACAGAAGAGUGCACAUACUGCACACACACUAUUAGGUAUACCACACAGACAAGCACAGGUUUCACACAGACACA